UCUGCUGACGAGAGAGUGAGAGGGCUUCGACCUGGCUCACUCUGCAUUUGAAUUCACUGAAGGGCUGACAGAGGGAGUCUCUGUGGAGGUGACGCUGCUGAAAGGUGGGACUAGCAUCACGGCUUCGAGCAUCUGCAGACAGCUCCAGUUCAGCAACUGACAGACUACACUGAAUAUCACAAGUCUCACCGUGCGAACAGUCAAAGGGGAUGAGGUGGCAGAAUGGGAACAAACUAUACUGAAGCUUUCUCCGUCGCACUGAUCGAUGCAGUGUUUGACAAGGAUGAGCGUGUCCGGAAGGAGAUCUCGCAGGCUCUUCGGGAGCUGGGCCGGAGCCACCCUCGCCUUGUUCUCCUGGCCUGUCACUCUUACCUCAGCAAACACAGUAAGUUGCUACAGGGCCAUCGCGUCAUCGUACUCCACACUAUGGAGGCCAUCGUCAAAGAAACCAUCAGCCAACUCGACCAGUCCUUGGCCAAGAUGAUCAUCUCCUUGGCUUCCGACGAGAUGACCAGGAUGAAGGAUAUUGUCCCCGAGUGGCAAGAAGCUGCCAGCCAGCUGCUGGUGGCCCUGGGCUGCAGGUUCAUCAACGAGGUGAUGGAGGAGAUUCUGCAGAAGUUCCAGCCGGGGGUCCUGCCCCAUUACUUUGUGGUUCAGACACUGGGCAACCUCGCCACGGCAAACGUGUAUGGCAUGGUGCCCUUCCUGACGGCCAUCUUGGGGACAAUGCUGCCAAUGCUGGGGAUGGCAAAACAUGACUCUAUGAAAUCCGUGUUCACCAUCGCUCUGGGCCGUUUCAGCGAGAGUAUCCUGGAGUACCUGGCGAACCUGGAUAAGGCCCCAGACCCCACUGUCAGGAAGGACGCCUUCUCCAGCGAGAUCUACACUUCCUACGAGAUCCUUUUCAACGUGUGGCUGCAGCACAAAGAGGCCAAGCUGAGGGCCAGUGUGGUGGACGCUGUUGGCCACAUGUCGUACCUGCUACCACCCGACAAACUGGAGGAACAACUGCCCAAACUAAUCCCUGGCAUCCUGUCUCUCUACAAGAAACAUUCCGAACACUUCCACAUUACCCAGAGCCUGUGCCAUGUGCUGGAUGCUGCAGUGGAAAUGGGCAGCCGAGUACUGGAGACCCAGAUAGACAAUCUGCUCAGCAUAUUACACCCCCAGGUGUGUACUCCCCUGGUUUUCAGCAACCCUCCCCCUCUCCCUCUCCCUCUCACAGCUCGUGCCUACACUGACCGGCUCAUCGCCUUCCUGCUGCAGAGGUUAGAGGUACAUAGUGAACGGACCCGCAUCGGCACCCUGACUGUCAUCAAACACCUCAUCAACUCCGCCUCCCCACAAUUGGAGAGUAAGAAAGCUCUGAUUUUGGCUGGAAUGAAGUUCACAAUCCAGGACAGCAACAACAAGGUGAAGUGGAUGGUGGCUCAGGUGAUCAGUGCAAUGGCUCACCAUGACUACCUGGAGCUGGAUGGAGGUGAAGCGAUGGUGGAGUUUAUCAUCCGACAGUGCGCCCUGCCCUGUGAACCUGGGACGCCCAAACCUCGGAGUUACGACCCUGAUGAAGUGACGGACGAGAGUCUGCGGAGUAUGUGUGACAACAUCCUGAACCUGUUGACCACCACCGUCAAGAAGAUGGAGAACGUUCUGUGGCCGUUCUUGCUGGAGUUUAUCAUCCCCCCGCAGUAUCUCAACGCCCUGGCUCCUGUGUGUCGUAGCCUCGCCCACUUGGGAAUGAAGAAACUGCAGCACAACGAGGGGCUCCAGUUCACCCACCAGGAGCCAGAUCUGCCCAAACCUCAGCUGCUUCUGACUCGGUUACUGGUGGUCUCGGCUUUCCCGUUCCGGGGGAGGGGCCGAGGGGUCCCAGCGCUGAGGUUCCUCCAGGUUGCUGCGCCCCUUGUCCACCCACAGCUGGUAAGGGUCUGGAAUGAGGAGAUCCCUCCACUUAUUCAGCACCUGGAAGAGAAUUCUGAGGGCUCCCUGCCCCAGCGACACUGGGAGGAUAAGCUGCUGCUGUUACUGUCCAGGAGCCUGGAGGCUGUCGCUCUGGGAGAUGAGACGUGGAGCAGUCAGCUCAGUGAGGAGAUGACCAAACACCUCAGUAACUACGGCAACCGCCCCCACGAGAAGGGCUUUCUCUAUAAGUGUGUUGGGGUGGUGUUGAGACAGACAGGCAGCCAUAACGUGGUCAGAAAGCAGCUCGUGGAGAUCCUACAGUCAGUACGACACACCGAGCCCCUGGAGAGAGAGGGUGUUGCGGUUUGUAUCGGGUUCUGUGCGAAGACCCACCUGGAUAUCACUCUGACAAAGCUGGAGGAGUUUGGGAAGUCUGACACCUUGAAGAAAUCGCCAAGUCUGUUCCAAAUCCUCAAGGACAAGUCGGAUGUGGAUGUGGAGAAAGCCAAGAGCACUCUGAUCCUGUGUUACGGCUACCUGACACUGUACGCACCUAAGGAACUGAUUCUGGCUCGGAUCGAGAAAGAUGUCAUCAAGCAAGUCCUGAGCCACUUUAAUACAAAGGUUCUGGGCAUUAAAGUUGAGACGAAGGACCUGACCAUUAAGCUGAGCCUGAUGAAGAGUAUCUCGCUGAUUGCUCGUGCGAUCUACGCCAAUGAACAAAACAAUUCCUACAACUUCACUCGCAAGAGAGAGCUGCUCGUCUACAUGCAGGAUCUGAUCAAGUUGGAGCCGAUGGAUGUAUUACGGACUCCGAUUCGACAGCACGCCAUGAUCACAUGCACCCACUUGCUGAAGCUGGAUCCCAUGGUGAAUGAGACGGACAUGUUUGAGCUGAUCAGGACCUGCCUGGACAGUGUGUUUGGGCUGCCCCCCCUCGGGAUGGACCGCAGCAAGGACGAGACCUGUAUCGACGUGAAGGAGAGAGAGGUCCUGUACACGGAGACUCUCGGCGCUCUGCAGGAACUGCUCAAACAGAUCCUAGUGCAGGACCUCACUCCUGAAGGCUUGCAGGUCGUCUUUAAGCAUGUCGAAGGUUGGAUUACCUCGAGCAGGGAUUGGGAGCGGGAGCGAGCUAUGAUUGUAACCUCCAGGCUGCUAUUGUUUUACCUGGAGAGACUCAAUGUUCGGGUAAGCCCCUCGAUCUCUACGUUCCCCACGUCUGUCCCCCUCGUCUUGGGGUCUGAUCACUGGGGUCUACACUGGCUCAUGUUGACCAGCUGCUCUCACUAUUUCAAAAGAUUCUUCAUCAUUUCAUCCAGAGUUCUUCGGGAAUGUUUGUUCAAUAUUUUGGCCUCAAUGGUGUCCUGUGGCGGAGAAUUCCACAGGCUCACCACUCUCUGGGUGAAGACAUCCCUCCUGCUCUCUGAGCUGUCUUGUGUCCUGCCAUCCCCUGGUCCUGAGCUCGGUUGCUGUGGGCCUGACGUUGGUGUGUUGUUCCUACAGAUCCCCGAGCUGCUGGAAGUGUUACACAUCCGCCUCCAGGCCAUCAUGCAGGAGCAGGUGAAGGCUUCCGUUCUGCAGACGGUCUCUCUCUUGGCAUCGCAGAACCUUCCUGCCGUGAUAUCCAGUCUCCUCAGCUACCCGCUGCCCUUUGAUAAGCCUGCGGGGGAGAUGUGGCAGUCGCUGGCGGGAGAUGGGACCCUGGCGAGGAAAUCUCUGGAAUUCCUAAUGGAGCGAUUGAACAAACAGUUGCCGUACGAUGAGAAGAGGGAAUCGAUGCUGCGCAAGAGUGUCACACGGUUCGCCACAAUCCAGCCGCUGGUGGUAGGUCUGGGCACUCAGUCCACACUCCUCCAAUCCCCUCGCUCUGCAUCCUCCAAUCCCCUCACUCUGCGACCUCCCCACUGUGUCCAAUCCCCUCACUCUGCGACCUCCCCACUGCGUCCAAUCCCCUCACUCUGCGACCUCCCCACUGCGUCCAAUCCCCUCACUCUGCGGCCUCCCCACUGCGUCCAAUCCCCUCACUCUGCGUCCUCCCCACCGCUUGUGGAACAAAUUCAUUCGAGUCUGGUCAGCCUGUUGCUGCAUCUGAAUGACAGCAGUGAGGAGGUGGUGAAGGCCUGUAAGUUCACUUUGCGUUUAGUGGGGCCUUUAUUGGGUUCAGAAAGUGUCAGUGUGAUGUUGCAGAAACACCUCCUAGAGGAAGCGAACCUACACUACGGAGAAUUCAUCAAUGACCUGGCGAAACACAUUAUCAGUGAUUUCCCGGAGAAGGUCAACUUUUACAUAAUGGGCAAUGUCUCCUUCUUCAAGAGUGUGUGGCCUGAGAUUCGGGGAAAUGCUGUCAUGUUUACAGGGUUUCUCCUGGGCAGUCUGUCACAGGAUGAGCUUCAGUCCAUUUCUCUGGAGCAUGUGUGCACAGCGAUCAUCCUGCUCCUGCGUGAUGGUGUUCCCAGCGUCCGAAUCAAGGCAGCUGAGGCUCUGAGUCUUCUCCACGAAUUGUGAUGGGUCAUAGGAUGGGAGGAGGCUGCUUCCUCUUCUCUCUCCUCCUCCUCCUGCUGCUCAGAGACUGGUUUCCCUCGGAUUUGUUUUUACAGAAAGGGGCUGGAGGGCAACGUGGCCAAGACUAAAGACUGAGGAGUGAGAGAGAAUGGUCCCAAAUGUUACAACUUUCAAUCUCCCCCACUUGAUCGACCACUAGUUGAGAGGGUGAACAAGGUACAUGCUUGCGGGGGUGUUCACCAUCUCUUCAUCACUUACUGUUUCAGAUCUGUCUCCCCAUUUCCCUUGAGAAACCCAAAUUCAUUCCAAUUCAAUUCACUCUCUGCUACCAGUUCCAGAAUUGUUGGGGUACUGACAAUGAUAAGUUGUCUCCUUUUAGUAAGGGCUUUUUUUAAAAAAAAAUCAUGUUGAUUGCAUUCUGCUGCUGGAGUGGUCUGCAUGAGAUAUCUCAUCUUUUGGAGUUACUCUUUAUGCUUCCUUGUUUGGGAUGUUUUGUGCCUUUCCCUAGUGCAAUAAUGGCUCUGCUGCAGAGGCCAUUGCAGUGGCUGAGGGCCUAGGCCUUGGGCAAAUGGCCUGGACUCAUGCAUGUGAGCAUCAUUGGCAUCCAAUCCUUUCUACCUGUUUUGCACACACACAUGGACUGGUGGAUGUGGUGGGUUCACACAGAAUGACUGAAUGAAGGUGGUGGGAAAAGAAGCUAUGGUUGGGUUUCUAAAUACUGCGAUCCCAAAAUAAGGGUUAUUGGAUGGAUUGUGUCUUCCAGCUGUGUCACACUGGCAGUUCCUGCUUCUCCAGCAGGCUACGUUCUCUCCCUAAUCCACAAGCAGUUGAGCACUUUUCAUCUCUCUACUAGUCCCAUAACUCUCCAGAUUUAUUUUUGUGUGUCCAGGAUAAGCCAGGUUUCCCAGUUAGAUGGAGUCACUCUUGGAGACACUGAUAAAUUACUGGCUUUACUGUGGUUUCUGGUUUUAAGUUUGAGCUGUUUAAUUCCAAUUCAUAUUGUUCUCCUGCACAUGGGCAUAAAAUGCUCAUUUUUCUGUCAAAAAGACUUGACUUUACAGCACCAAGAAGUUAAGCUUCAGUGAAUUUAAAUACAGAGCUGUGAUGGUGUUAAAUGACCUGUCCCAAAGAUCCAAGGAUAGAGUGGAAUCUAACUCUAAAUGGAGGUGGGCAGAAAACACCUCAGUCUCCUAGACUAAAAGACCAUUAAAGCUGGUACUGGCCUCCAGGUGAAGGUCCAGUCUGUGAAUGCUUGAAGCUGCUGCUGCUCAGGCAGUGGGUCCAAAUGGACUGCCCUGUGGUUGAACGUUGGCCUCUCAUUGUCUACCUGCCAGAACUCCCUCUGAGCCACCUCUCCCUUUCCUGAGGAGGAGUGAUGACUGGUCUCUACAACCUCUUGCUGUUUUAGUAACUUUUUUUGAGAAGGUGCUUUGUUUUGUCCCCUUGGUUUUAGGUUUUCUCCCAGUUAAACACAACUCUGGUCCAGGGAGCAGGCUGAUCUGGAUCUUAACUCUUCACUGCCAGUGCAUCAGUUCUGACCUGCCAGAGGGCUUGCAAGGAACUGGGAACUAGUACAAAAGCUUGUUUUCACUGAAGCAGAGAGUGGGUGGCCAACAACAGUGUGGAUAUGCACACAGUGCCCAGAAAGCUAAAGGUACAGCAGUGAUGCUGGCUUGACUGAAGUGGGGAUUCCUGCAAAGUUGAACACAGGAACUAAUUGUAACAGUUCAGUGGGGAUUACACACACCCAACUGUUUCAUUCAAAGGGUCACUGCCCAUAGCCUCGAUUUUUUUUGUUUGUAUGUUAGAUCAUCAGAUGGGAAAAUUAGAAACUGGGCUGUGAUUUCUGACUCGCAGGGAAAUUGGUUUACGGGUUCACCAGCUCCAUCCCCCAGCACUGGUUGGAUUUCUAAUUGCCCGGCCCAGUUUGUGUAACUGAAUCAAAUCAGACUGGAAAUGGCAGAGAUGUCUUUAAUAAUAAAACUGCUGAAUGUAAUGCCAAUGUAAAUCAGUGGAAAUAUGGUACAUAUUAUACAAAGAUCUAAAAAUGUAUAUGAUUUAAAAAG